CCAAGAUGGCGUCCAAGGUUGUACAGCGAGGGAUACAAGAAGUAAAACCUAUCCUUUCUGUCAACAAGAUAGAAUCACGGAGAAGAGUUUUGAAUUUAUAUAGAGCCUGGUACAGACAGCUACCAUAUAUAGUAACAAAUUUCCAUAUACCACUGACAACAAAACAAUGUAAAAGCCGCUUGAGGAGUCAAUUCAACAAAAACAAAGAUCUCUCAGAUCUUCGUGUUAUCGACAUGAUAGUCAUAAAGGGCCAGAUGGAGCUUAUGGAAACAGUUAACAACUGGAAACAGAGAAACCAUGUUAUGCAGCUAUUUGAUGACCAUUCGGAAGCAGCCAAAUCUAAAGACUUUUUGUCCAAAUUUUAUGAAGGUCAUGAACAUUAACCCAUUCUAGUGCAACAUGUAAAUAAACUGAAACUUGCGUGUUUUGAUCCUGGUAUGGAAAUGUUGGUGUUUUCUUAGAAAAAAAAACCUGAAAAAAUCUCAACACUUGAAAAGUUGGAACAUCACAAUUUGAAAUGUGUCAGUAUGAAUAGAUAUGUGUAAAUAAAUGUUAAGAUGUUAAAAAUCA